GUCCCCCUCGCCUCCCGGCAGCGCGCGGCCUCGCCCCGCAGCCGCUGGCCUGGCCCGGGCUCGCCCGCGGCGCCCACCUGUGCUGCCGCCUGCCCAGGAGUGUCAUGUAACAACUUGAAGCUUUUAUGUGAAAACUGAAAAUGGCUUCAAGAGGAACAACAGAAACCAGUAAGCUAAAGCAGAACUUGGAAGAGCAGUUGGAUAGAUUAAUGCAGCAGCUUCAAGAUUUGGAAGAAUGCAGAGAGGAACUAGAUGCAGAUGAAUAUGAAGAGACAAAAAAAGAAACUCUAGAACAGCUGAGUGAGAUCAAUGACUCACUGAAGAAGAUUAUGUCUGGAGAUAUGACUUUGGUGGAUGAGCUCAGCGGGAUGCAGCUGGCAAUACAAGCAGCCAUCAGCCAAGCAUUUAAAACUCCGGAAGUAAUUAGAAUGUUUGCAAAGAAACAACCGAGGCAAUUAAGGACAAGGUUGGCAGAGAUGGACCGAGACCUAAUGGUUGGGAAGUUGGGACGGGACCUCUACACACAGCAGAAAGUGGAAAUCCUGACUGCCCUCAGGAAGCUUGGUGAGAAGCUGACUCCAGAUGAUGAGACUUUCUUGUCAGCAAAUGCUGGUGCAGCCUUGAGCCAGUUUGAGAAAGUCUCCACUGACCUUGGAUCAGGAGACAAAGUCUUUGCUCUAGCAAGUUUUGAAGUAGAAAAGGCAAAACAAUGAAGAGGGUGAGUCUGGUGAUUGUAUUGAAGCAAAAGGAAAAAAAGGUUAGGGAGAAAAUUGAAGCAUCAAGUGCUCUGUCUCUCUUCUGUUUUUGUCUCCUUGUAUUAUUUCUCUUUUUUCAUCGUGAAUGGAAAAAUAACAAGUAAGUAGCAAGCAAGGAAAAACACAAGAUUUCUUUAAAAGAGACCCGUUACUAGUUCAUCAUGUUACCUUAUCUGUUAAUAUCAAGUUCAAGUGGUUAGAGAAAUCUGUAUUAACGAUAACCUACUGACCAGGCAUUUAAAACUGCAUCAUUAGUGGCUGAAACUAUAGGUAAAUCAAAAUAUAAUUUAAUUAAUUUUGCUUCCAGUGUGGUCAUUUCUUUCCUGUAUAAGGACAAGUAUAGUUUUCACGUAGUGAAGAACAAAAUCAAAAAGUCAUUCUGCAGGCAUCUUGUAGUUUCUCCACUUCCAUGGGGAAACUCACUGAGUCCUGGUGAAGGUUUUUCCAUUGCAGAAAAUAAUCUCUCAUUUCAUUUAGGUCUGUCUAGCUACUUUUGAGAGAGGAAUAGGAGUGCUCCUAUUGUAGUUUUAUCUUAGGAGUCAUGGAAAACAUGAUGCCUUGCUUUGCUACAUUUUUUUUUUUUUAACUUUUAACUGUUGGAGUAAAACAAAUUUCUUUUGAUUGUCCAACUAAUAUCCUUGUAAAAUGGAGACUGAAAUGAAGUUCUGUAAAGCUAUGUUGUCUUCACGUAAGAGUGUGUUUGUAGCUUUGCAAAUAUCAAAUUUACUCCGGAAACAGUUCUGCUUUUUUGGAUAAAACGUGCAGGUAAGAAGGUUGCUUACUAAACAAACUAGUUUGGAUUAACAAAGAAGAUUAAGUCCUAGCCUUUUACAUUAAAGGACUUUUUUGUCCAUCCCUCUAAAAUCUCUUUCUGCAUACCUCCUCAUUGCACAGUCUGUGCAAGCAUGAAAUAGGGCAACUAAGGUAGCUGAACUACUUUAAUUUUCUGGUAUACUCUGUCUCACCUACACAAUUACUAUGAGCAGCUAGACAGCCUCUUCUGACCCUGUCAUAGCACCUCAAAUGUGGAAAAAGAAGAGUUGGUUGAAUGAUUUACCUUUUUCCGGAGACACUAGACUGUUUCUGCAUCAGAAGAUGGUUUUGAGGGACUGGAAUUGUCAGACCAAAUCUAAAAUGUGAAGUAUUUUCGAAAGAAAAGAUUUCAAAUUAAGAACAACUCUCUGAUUGUCUAGUACCAUAGACAUCUUUGAGAGAAACGCAAUUUUCAUUAUUGUUGCAUGUGGCUUAAUCAGAUGGAUAAUGAAAGUAGGGUUUGUGUGUACAGAUGCUGUUGGAGGCCCUUAAUGAGGAGGAGAUGCCAACAAAUACAGAGGGACUGGAGAGUGGAAGCAGCUGUACUAUGAAGGAAGCUUAAAUGAAUUUUAAAGCUGAUUGAUUAAGAAAGAACUGGAGAUCAGAAAAGACAGUGAAUAGAGAAUCUUUUUUUCUAAGACAAGUAAAAACUGAGAGGAGAAAGUUGUAUGAAGUUUUGGCUUACCAGAACCAACAGCAACCUCAUUAAACAGAGAGAAGUGA